GCCUUCUCCAUCAUGUCGGCCAAGAGGGCAGAACUGAAGAAAACAAACCUGAGCAAGAACUACAAGGCAGUUUGCCUGGAAUUGAAGCCAGAGCCCAUCAGAGUAAGCAGCUAUUUUGAGACCGGGAUGGCAGCCGGGCCUGGGACUCCUAGGGAGACAUAUGACUACAAACGGGUUAAACCAGAAGGGCCAUUUCCCAAACCAGGAGGGACACGGGAGCUAAAGAAUGAACUCAGGGAGGUGAGGGAACAGCUCAAGGAAAAAAUGGAGGAGAUAAAACAGAUCAAAGACGUAAUGGACAAGGAUUUUGAUAAACUCAAGGAAUUUGUGGAGAUUAUGAAGGAAAUGCAGAAAGAUAUGGAUGAGAAGAUGGAUGUGUUAAUAAACACACGCAAUAGCCGCAAGCUCUCUGCCCCUCCCUGGCUCCCUGUUCCCCUUAGAAGAGGACCAAAGGAGCGUCAGGAGCUCAGGCUGUUAGGAAAGACUGACCCACAGCUCCGGCUCAAGGACAUGGAUGGCGCCCACAGAGCGUCACUUCCUCUUCACAAGAAGACCGCGGCACUACAAACACCAAAAACGGACCCGCUGGGCUCCCUCCAUCCGUGUGAGACCCGCUGUGCCUGGGAAGAUCCCGACAUCACGACCAAGUAGGACUCAAGCCUGGAUGUGCCUGCCCCGAGUGCCACUGGAUUGUUCUGGCCUUUCCUAUAGCAAGACUUGACGUGGUGCCCAGCAGGCUGGCCAUGGACCAGGGAAAAAUGAUCUUCCAUGUGCCGUCUCUGUCCUCUACAGGAGGACAUGUUUGUUGUGUGCCCUAAAGAACAGCUACAAUCAGGGGAAACUUCCACACCGGGCCUGGGCACCCUUCUCACCCUCGCCAUCUGGAGCGCCGUCCUGAUGUAUCUGUGCUUCAACCCUGUGUGACUGAGGACGUGCACCCAACUCAGUGCUGACGCAGAGCCUGCUGGCAGCUGCAGCUCGCCCUCCCCCAGCCCAGGCGCUGCACAGUGAAGGCUUGUUGCCCUCCUCCAUACCACCCCGCCCCAGGCCUCCUUCCGCCCGGAUUAAAACCUUCAUUUAAAGUCAAAGGGGGGUGUCCCGGCUUUGAAUAUCAGCCCCAAACUUGAGUAUGUAAAGAGGGUCUCUUUUUUGGUUCUCAAUCAGUGUAUUCCAGACUCCAAACCCUCUUCCUGCUUCCUGGUGGGUUAGCGGGGAAAUGCUGUCCUGGUCAUUCUUGCGGUCACGCCCUCCCUCUCCACCAUCUCCCUCUCCUCUGCCUGGUUCUGCCAACGUUCCAGGUCAAACGAGAGGGGAGGCCCUGAAAAUAUCAGAUGCUCUUCUGCGUGGUCACAGGAGACACCCCCACUGGCCUAGCCACCUGCUCUCUCCGUGUUCUUGGCUCCUGCACUGUGUAUGGGGGGAGGGGCGGGCGCACGUGGGGGCCCCUGAGAGUCUUGGCGAUGCAGGGAACCCCAGGCCCAGGGUCUAGUACGCAGGAGGACGCAGGGCCCCAAUGCUCAUAGGAGCUCGGUCUCCUGGGGCUCUGAGGACCCACCCUCCUCCCCCACCCAGAGGAGUCAUAUCCCCGAGGCCUCUACAGAGGUGGGGCUGAGCCAGGGGCCUCCCACUGCUCCACUGGGUCCUGCCCCGAAUCCGAAUCCCCGGAGGGAAGAUGAGGCUUGGCUGCCAGCUUCAAAUGCCUUUUUCGGCUUCCGGAGGCGGCCCGUUUCCCUCCUCACAGCGCCCUUCCACCUUCAAAGCCAGCGACGCCCGCAAGUCCCGCUCAGCUCAUUCUGCGUCACUCUGACCCUGGUUCUUCUGCCUCCUGCUUCCACCUUUUAAGGACCCUUGUGGUUACGUCCAGCUCA